ACACCAAUAAAUACAUGUCCUCUCCAUAGCUGAUCUUUCUAAUCCCAAUUCAUCAUGAGAUAUCAUACCUCUUCUUUUCUCACACUACACACACUUGUAGCAGCAAUAAUCCUAAUAUCUUCUUGUGCCUCCCAACCUAUUCAUGAAUCCUUCUAUCAAUGCAUCAACCUCAACUCCGAGCUUUCCAUCCCUUUCUCGACCGCAUUUUCGACUCCGGCCAACGCCUCUUUCAACUCAAUCCUCCAGUCUUCUGCACAAAACCUAAGAUGCCUAGUAUCAUCCAUGCCAAAGCCUAAACUCAUCUUCACACCGUUGGUCGAAUCCCACGUCCAGGCAGCCGUGAUCUGCGCCAAGGAGCUCGGGACUCAGCUCAGAGUCAGGAGUGGCGGCCAUGACUACGAGGGCCUUUCUUACAUCUCCCAAGCCGACCAACCGUUCAUCAUACUCGACUUGUCCAAACUACGGUCCAUCACCGUGGAUAUCCCCGACAAUAGCGCCUGGGCCCAAGCAGGCGCUACUGUCGGGGAACUAUCCUACAGGAUAUCCCAGAACAGCAAAACCCACGGAUUCCCUGCAGGACUCUGUCCCAGCCUGGGAAUUGGUGGGCAUAUAACUGGCGGGGCCUAUGGUCCGAUGAUGAGGAAGUACGGCCUUGGUGCAGACAAUGUGAUCGAUGCUAGGAUUGUCGAUGCCAGUGGUAGGAUUCUUGAUAGGGAAUCGAUGGGGGAGGACUUGUUCUGGGCAAUCAGAGGCGGUGGCGGGGGUAGUUUUGGGAUUAUCCUGUCCUGGAAAGUGAGGCUAGUCCCAGUUCCAGGGAUUGUCACAGUAUUCACUGUUCCAAAAACCCUGGUACAGGACGCGACAAAGAUCCUCGUCAAGUGGCAGCAGAUUGCUGACAAACUCGACGAGGAUCUCUUCAUUAGGGUGAUCAUACAGGCGGCAGACGGCCCCCAGAAGGGCCAGAGAACGGUGCAAACCCUAUACAAUGCCUUGUUUCUUGGCAGGGCCGAUAGACUGAUCAAUCUUGUCGAAACGAGCUUUCCUGAACUUGGACUGACGCGGAAAGACUGCAUAGAAAUGAACUGGAUUGAAUCUGUGCUCUACAUUGCAGGCUAUCCCGCCAAAACUCCCCCUGAAGUCCUGCUUCAGGGGAAGUCCCUGUUCAAGAACUACUUCAAGGCAAAGUCGGACUUUGUCAGGAGGCCGAUUCCAGAGUCUGGCCUAGCAGGACUCUGGAACCGCCUGAAGGCAGAGGAUUCGCCACUGAUGAUACUAAAUCCCUACGGUGGAAUGAUGGGGAAGAUUCCAGAGUCCGAGAUCCCGUUUCCACACAGGAAAGGGGUGAUCUACAAGAUCCAAUACCUAACCCUCUGGAACGACGAUAAGCCAGAAAGCGAGGCGAAGCACGUGGCAUGGAUAAGGGAGCUCUACGACUACAUGGCCGCGUAUGCAUCAAUGCUUCCUCGAGAAGCCUACGUGAACUACAGGGAUCUCGACUUGGGAGAGAACCGAAACGGGUCGAGCUUCGUUGAGGCGAGCUCGUGGGGCAUGAGGUAUUUCAAGGGGAACUUCGGGAGGCUGGUGAGGGUGAAGACGAAGGUUGACCCGGAUAAUUUCUUCAGGCAUGAACAGAGCAUUCCUACUCUGGCAAUGAUGGAUGCAGAUGGAACAGAGGAGACUAUGAUCCAUUGAUGUUUGGUGUUUUCAAGUAUCAUGUUGUUUUGUGUUGUAAAUUGUUGGGAUUUUAAUUUUUAAUGCUUUGUGUUUUGGUUGUGAUCUCAGUGUUGCAGGCUGAAAAUCAGUUGUGUGUUGAUUAAGUGAUUAUUUUGGUUGAUUUUAAA